AUGUUUAAUAUUAGAGAGCCUUUGAAAUUUGUUGGUGACGGAUCCAAACUUGGGAGUAGAACAAAUCUGGAGAAUGACAAAGGGCUUGCGAUGACACAGGGAAGGGAUUUGAAGUACGACGAUGGUGAGGAUGGCGAACAUGUGGAUGACUCACAAUUUGAAGAUACGGCUUUUCAUGCCCUUUCGUCAAAUCCAGAAUAUCCAAAGGCAGGUGACGGCUUACACUAUAACGAUGAAAAUUUACAGAUGAUAGAAGACGACUAUGGCAUGUUUGACAGAAACAGGAUGGCUUACAACACAAACUUUAACAACUUGGAGACUGGAGAAAGUUAUUUCAAGUCGCACGGAGAUGUGUUUCCUUGUCCACCGUGUAGCUGCUCUCACACGGCAGGUCGUUCUGUUAUCGCCAACUGUACAGGAAAGAAAAUAUACAACUUCCCAUCUCACCUUCCAAAGAAUACAGUUGUCUUACAUUUGACGUCUACGAAAAUUAGGACAUUGAACAUUUCCAGUUUUUUGACUUACCCAUCUCUGGUUAAUGUCUCCGUACAAUCAAAUCCUGUACUAACAAAUAUUUCCAGAGGAUAUGAAACAAACAAAACCUUACCGGUUUUGUAUCUGAAUAUGGUUGACUGUGAGAUAAGCAAUAUUGAGAAUGCCAGUUUGUCUAUUAUGCCAUUUCUGACUAAUCUUACGUUAAGGAAAAAUCAGUUGCCAUAUCUGACAAGGUCGAUGUUUGAGGGCCUGGACAAGCUAGAAAGCUUGGACGUCUCAAACAACCGGAUUCAGAAAAUAGAAGUCGGGACUUUCGAUAAUCUUCCAAAAUUAAAGGUGUUAGAUUUAAGUACAAAUCCACAGUUUGGAUAUUCCAACAAAAGUCUUUCUCAUUUGCUUUUUAAGAAUUUAAAGCAUCUUCGAAAGCUUUCCUUACACGGAUAUCAAGCUUUGGAGCAGCUGGUCAAUUUACAAGAAUUAGGAAUUGAUGGAUUGCAGAAUCCAGCAGAGUUUGGACCUGGGAUGAAAUCUCUUAAACAUUUGAUUCACUUACAAAUUGGCGGUGGACUCCACAAUUGUAAAAUAGAGAAUUUAACUGAGACAUUCUUUGAUAAUGUUCCUUACCUGCGGUCUUUUGUUUUAGAAUUAUGUCUACAAUUUGUCAGUGUCCAUCCAAACGCCUACGCCAGGUUGACCAACCUGGCAUUUUUGAAGUUACAAUUCAUGAAAAAUUACGACAUUGAUGAUGCCUUCAAAGAUCUGACAGCGUUCAACAACUCAUUGAUACUUGGAACAGAAUUUGACUUCUGGAAUACUUGGAUAAUUUACCGAAACGUUAAUUUUAAAACAAAACAAAUUUACAACGGGAAACAAAUUAUGCACUUGACAGAGACAGUUGAUACAGAAACGAAACUAAACAAAUGUGGUGGGGAUGUUUGGAAUGGACAGCCGAUGAGCAUAUCAAGGGGUGAUGACAUAAAGAACAAUCCAGAAAUCAAGAGAAAACCUAAGAUUAUUGGCUCUGAAUUACGUAUUCCACCGAAGUUGAGAAUAUUGAAAGCAUCCAGGUAUAACGUGUUUGGGAUGCAAAUACUAGCAAACAGACUGAGCAAGAACAAUUCACUUUCCGUAGUCGACUUCUCCGACAGUUUCAUGACAACCUGGGGAUUGGGGAUGUUACCAUCAGGAAUAACACAGGCCAACUUGGCAAAUAACUAUUGUAAGACAAUAACUAAACGGUUCUUUCAAGCAAAUAAUUCACACAGCCGUCUAAUUUUAAACAAUAACUUUCUUGGACCGGACUUUGCUAAAGAUGACCUUGGAGAUAUAUUUGCGAACUUGAACAACACUGUAUAUUUGGAUAUUUCUACAAAUUUGAUUUACAAACUACCAAGAAAUUUUUUCAAAGGGUUAUCAAAUUUGAAGUACUUGAAAGUUUCAGAUAACAAAAUAGCGUACUUGAAUACCAGUCUUAGACAUAUGAAAAAUUUACAGUUUAUCGAUUUAGCAAGAAAUAAUAUCCACUGGAUCAGUGAGGAAACCAGAAAUUACCUGGAUGUAAUCGCAUCUUUGCCCGGACAUACGAUUGAACUUGAUCUGACCCUGAACCCGCUGCCUUGUACCUGUGCUGGUUUAGACCUUAUAGCAUGGAUGGCUACAACGAAUGUUCACUUCAGUGACAAGAAUCUGCUCAAAUGUGACACUGACAGUAUGGUUAGUGAACAGGUUGUUGAUAUGGAGAAACGGCGGCAAAUUCUGCAACGACUGUGUGUAUCUAAAACAGCACUUAUCAUUGGCUGUGUGGCAGCUCUAACUGUGGCGAUGAUAUCUGUUGGAUUCGGCCUGAUGUAUCGGUACCGCUGGAAGCUCAGGUACUUCCACAACAUUGCUAUUGCCGCUGUCUUUGGCUUCAACCCAGAUAUCCACUCCAAAUCCGGCUGCACGUUUGACGCAUACCUCGUGUACACGAAAGAAACGCAAGAUUUCGUUACAAACACCUGUAUAAAAGAACUAGAGAUAAAGCGAGGACAUCGUCUCUGUGUUGAAGAUCGAGAUUUCCUAGCCGGGACAUACACCAUAUCUAACAUUGUCAGCGCUGUAAGAAAUAGUACCAGAACUGUUCCUGUACUCACUCCAACAUUUUACAACGGCGUCUUUUCCGAAUACAGUUUCCAGAUGGCCGUUAUGGAAGAACUGUACAAGGAUCGAUGUGUGUUGCAUCUACUGCUGUACAAACCGAUUCCAUCCGAGCAGAUGUCACACGACGAACUGGCGGUGAUGAAACGAAACAGCUACAUCGAGUAUCCCCCUGAAGAAGAGGCAGAUGAAAAUAUUCGACAGAAGUUCUGGGACGAUCUGUCUCUGGCGAUCGGACACACCGAUAACCCAACACCUAGGCAACUUCUGAACAUACAAUGA